GAAAUAAAUAUCACUCCGGUUUUGGAUUUCCUGGUCGGAUGAGAGGUGUAAAUAGGUGUCUACAAGAACCUCUGCGUCGAUUACAUUUAGUUUUGUUGUCACUAUUAAGCAACGUCGGACGACUCACAAAAAUAAGAUAAUCUAAAGCCUAACAUUGAAAACCAAGGCGCUGUCUUUCUUCGUCAAGCGGACGAAGCUGCUAGCGUUUUUAGCCACAUUAACGUUAGUUAGCUAAGUUAGCUAGUAAGCUAAGCUCGGUCACUCCUGAAAUGUCUGCUUCGCCUGCUACGCAGUCAUCGGCUUUGGCCGGUCCUGGUUCAGGGAUGUCAAUGUUUAGGUGGUUGGAGGUGCUCGAAAAAGAGUUUGAUAAAGCAUUUGUGGAUAUUGACUUACUGUUGGGAGAAAUCGACCCCGAUCAAGCAGAUAUUACGUACGAGGGCCGCCAGAAGAUGACAAGUCUGAGCUCCUGUUUUGCUCAGCUAUGCCAUAAAGCACAAACAAUUUUCCAACUUAAUCACAAAGUUGAGGCCCAGCUGGUGGACCUGAAGUCCGAGCUGGCAGACGUCCAGGGGGAGAAGUCAUUGGUGGAGAGGGAGGUGCACGACCAGCUGCUGCAGCUGCAUGCCCUGCAGCUCCAGCUCAGCGCCAAGGCUGGCCAGGCCGUCGACUCGGACUCCAUCAAGGACCGCAUGCCCGUCCCUGCGGUGGAGCAGAUGGAGAAGGAGCUGGAGGCUAACAAGAAGGAGAAGAUGAAGGAGGCCAAGCUGGAGGCCGAGGUGAAGAUGCACAAGAAGGAGAACGACUCCCUCCGCAGGCACAUCGCGGUACUGCAGGCAGAGGUGUACGGGGCGCGCCUGGCUGCCAAGUACCUGGACAAGGAGCUGGCGGGGAGAGUGCAGCAGAUCCAGCUGCUGGGCCGCGACAUGAAGGGGCCGGCGCACGACAAACUGUGGAACCAGCUGGAGGCUGAGAUUCACCUGCACCGCCACAAGACGGUCAUCCGGGCGUGCAGGGGCCGCAACGACUCAAAGAAGCCCUUAGCCUCUCCCGUAGGCCAUGACCCGGACUGCCUCAAGAAGACUCAAGGUGUGGGCCCCAUUCGCAAAGUUGUCCUGACUAAAGAAGAUCACGAGGGACUCGGAAUCUCCAUCACGGGGGGCAAGGAGCAUGGCGUGCCCAUCCUGAUCUCCGAGAUCCACCCUGCCCAGCCGGCCGAGCGCUGUGGGGGGCUGCACGUGGGCGACGCCAUCUUGGCCGUCAACAGCAUCAACCUGAGAGACGCCAAACACAAGGAGGCCGUCACCAUACUCUCACAGCAGAGGGGAGAGAUUGAGUUUGAGGUGGUGUACGUGGCCCCUGAGGUGGACUCUGACGAUGAAAACGUGGAGUACGAGGACGAGAGCGGCCAUCGCUACCGCCUAUACCUGGAGGAGCUGGAGGAUGCCUCGGGCGGCAGCCGGAACAACGUCACUGCUGACGCCAACACCUCCCUACAAGCCGCCCUGGAGAAGAUGUCGGUGAACGACGGAGCUGAGAACGGAGACACGGGCAUCUCAAGUGAGACCCCGUCUGAGGAGACGCCCUCCAAAGCAGCCGAGUCCUCCGAGAGCUCCUCAUAAGCCCACGACAGGAGCUGGGAGAGGGGAGGACCCAGAGGAGGAGUGG